AUGGCCUCCGAAGAAGACUACCUACCCGAGUGUUGUGGUUCCGGCUGCACAAAUUGUGUACUCGAUCGUAAAGUGAAAUUCCGAAAACAUCCGUCUACCUCCAACCGACCAAGUCUUCUGGACAGCAGCUACAAACCAUUCCAAUGCGUCGCCAUCACGCAGCGCACACCAAAUACUUUCCAUUUCCGGUUCCGAUACCAUCCCCGAACAGAAGACAACGAUUGUGCCGGCUACGAGCUACAGAUCCCUCCCGGUAGCCAUCUGAUGCUGCGAGCACCGAGAGGUUGGAGACAGACGGAGCGUGGGCUCAAUGCUAUGUUUUCAACAUGGCGGAACGAAACGGCUUCAGCGGAAGCACGUGUUGCUCAUGGUGGCGACAGGAAGUCGGUUGAAAAGUACGAUCGAAGCGAGCGUGAUUUGUACUUUAGUCGACCGUACACACCGAUCCAGGUUGAUCGAGAUGCGAACGAGUUUGAAGUUCUGAUAAGGAUGGAAACGGCAGGGGAGAUGUCUGAGUAUUUGCAGACUUUGAACGUUGGUGACGUGACGGAGUGGAAGGGGGUUUACACCGGAUUCGUGUGGGAAAGAAAUGCUCGGAAGAACUUGAUCUGCUUAGCGCAGGGAGUCGGAUUGGCACCGAUUUACUCCAUCGUGGCGGCCAUUUUGGAAGAUGAGGCGGAUGAAACAAGACUGAAGCUGGUCUACUGUUGUAAAGAUGUGGAAGGAAUUUUGAUGAGAGAUGAGCUGUUGAAGCUGGGAGCGUUUUGGAACUUCGAAGCUACGAUUUAUCUCUCUAGGGAAAGCUGUUUCUGUGGCGGAAAGUCGUCCAGGAGUUGUUCGUGCCUGUCAUCGAAGAAGAAAUACAACGAGCGGGUCUUGAAUCACAGACUGGAGAAAAUUGACAUAGAGACUUUAUUGCUUCGGUAUGCUCAGGAUUCGCUCCAGGUCCUAAUCUGUGGAACGGAAUCCUUCGCGACGCUUGUAGAGAGUUGUUUAGUAGAUUUGAAUAUAAGAGAUUAUUACAAAUUUUAAUAAU